AUGAGGAAUAAUGCCCUGUCGCCCACUUCAUGUAAUUCAUCUGUUGGAGGAAUGUCAACAACUCCAUCCACACCACGAAGUUCAAACAAUAUCACACCAAGAAGCUCCAAUGAUACAUCCAGUCUCAAUACUCUAACUUCACCACAUGAAGAUUCGAAUAAUAAUGGGAAACUACUUUCUGGGAAAAUGUUCAAGCAUUUGGCAAACUAUUUGAAUCAUGUCCAAACGAAGAAACAACAAAUUCAUGAAACUAUGGAACGAGAGGCAAAAUUACACAACAAUAGACUAGGAUAUGCCAGUAAUUAUCCAACUCCAUCGACACCUUCGGCAGAAAGACUUGUAUCUCCUACAAGUGGUUUACACGAUUUGCAAUCACCACUACAACCACAACGAAACAAUCAGGGCUGGGACAAUGAUAUUGUCUGUACUCCAAAACCCAGCAAUGGUGGAGCAAUAGAUUAUGCAAUGAAAACUCCAUCCACCCCUUCCUCACUGUCAGGUAAUAAUGUUGCCAUUAUUAAUGGUAGAAGAGUGCCUGUGAAUUUUAACACUUCAUCCUCUCAAUUGUUAAAUCAGAAAUCUCAAUCUUUCUAUCAUGUAUCAACUCCAUCCUCAUCCUCCAAAACCACUAAUGUAACCUCUCCAAAUAGUUCAGCACCUCUCAAUAAUGAUAACAAUUAUCAAAUUGGUAAUAAUAUUCAAAAAGCAACAAAUCCACCACCAACUAAUUCCUCCAAUGUAUCAUCACCAACUCAAAAUAAUUCCUCUAAUCUUACAACAAGCCCUCCUUCUUCCAACAUUCAUAGAGUGUCUUCCCCAAUCAAUGAUCAUAAUAAUUCAUUUUCUCAUAUCAAUUUAACUGCCUCACCAACUCUGUCACCUGUAAAGAUAUCAGUAUUUAAUGAUAAUAUAGUGGCUCCAACUUCAACCAUUAAUACUACUAAUAAUAGCCCAACACCUCUAUCAGCAGUUUCAGUGAUAACAGAUAAUUCUCAUUCAUACCCUACAUCACCAGCACAUAACAAACCACAACAUCAUAGAGUAAAUAGUAAUCCAACAACAGAUCACCCCCCAUCUCAUUCAGAAAAGGGAAAGUAUCCACUCAAUUUGAAUUUUAAAAAUUCUAUGGAUGAAUCUGAUCCUUUCCAUCAUGAUGGAAUGAUUUCUGUUAGAUCGAUAUCAAGUGUGACAAGUUAUAAUGAUCACGAUUUACUGACACCUCGUAUUGAUAUUGGAGCAGUUUAUGGAGCAAUAGUUGGAGUUGGGACCUCAAUUACAAAUCACAUCAAUGAGCAGGGAAACAAAACAGCCAGAAGAAGGAAUACCAAACAAAGAGCUGCCCAAGGAAAGAGAAGAAGCAAUUCAAUGGCAGCUUCAUCAUUUUCACAUCACCAAGAUUUUGUUGUCGAUAUCAAACAUCACAUUAGUGAUAGUGUUGCAGCAAGUGCUACCAAUUAUUCUAUCAAUCCAAUAAGCCCAAUACCUGCAGUGGAUAAUAAUGGAUUGGCCUUCUCUCCUCAAAAGAAACCUGUGCCUACUCUAGAAGCUUCAAAACCAGCAACAGAUCUCUUAGUAGAACACCUCAAAUCACCUCACACUCCAACUAAACUCAUGUUUGGAAGAGGUUCCUCCACCAAUUCUCCAAUUCAUAUCAAGGCAGCCUCCUCUUCCAAUUUAUUGAGUUUUUCUAAUCAGGUAGCAGCCUCUGCUCUAAAAGAUCCAUCAACACCAACAAAGGGAGCUGCACCAAUAAGCGUGAGUACUCCUCUGAAACAAGUUGGAUCAUCUCUAUCAUUUUACAUUCCCAAGCUGACUCCACUUUCAGAAGUAGCUAAGAACUCUAACAUUAUCAUUCAUGCUACUAAGAGUGGUUGUGUUGCAUUGUUGGAGUGCGUUCUCGAUGAUACAAAUGUGAACAAUAUAAGAGAUAAUCAUAAUGGUAAUUCAUUACUUCAGAUAGCAAUUCAAUAUAAUCAAGUUGAGGUUGUUGCACUGAUGUUGAGCAAGUUUGACAUUAAUCUCAAUUACACAAACAAGAUUGAAGGAACAGCUCUUCAUGUAGCAGCCACAAAAGGAAAUUGUGAUGUUUUGACAAUGCUCUUGACGGCUCUCUCCAAAACAGGUGUUAAAAAGUUGGACUGGGCCAGAAAGGACACCUAUGGUAAUGCAGCUAUUCACUUGGCUGCAGAUGCUAGAGAUUACAAAUCCAUAGAAACAAUGAUCUUGUUGGGGGUUUCACCUACCCUCAAGAAGAGAGAUUCUGGAGUCACAUCACUUCAUAUUGCAGCAUCAAAAGGAUAUCCAGAAAUUGUGAAAUUAUUAAUUGAUUUCUAUACAGAGCCAAUUACUUUUGCCAAUAUGAGAGAUGAUAAUGGUCUAACUGCUCUAAUGAGAAGUGUUCUUUCUGUGCAUUACAAUGACAAGAUGGAGACUGAUGAGUUCUUGGAGAGAUAUCAACCUUCCUAUUAUCCAAAUUCACCAUUGGGAUCACUGGAAAAAUUCAUUAGAACCAACUCUAGAAAUUGGAAUAAGGAUUUAACUGAUGCUGAAAGAAAGAAUUAUAUGAGAGUGUGGUUAUACCUCUUGAAUGAAAUUGAUUAUAAGGCAUGUUGUACUGUCAAGACUAUUGCUCAUGGAUUGAACUUGUUCCAUCUGGCAGCCAUGUCCAAUAAUGUUGUAUUCUUACAUUUAUGUGCCCUCUCACUGCCAGAAGAUCUCUAUCAGAAAUUAUUUUACGAACCAGACAAGUAUGAGGGAUUCACUCCACUCCACUUGGCAUGUUGGUUUAAUAAUUCGAAUGUUGUAGAGCUAUUCCUCUCAGUUGCCACUGAGAAUCAAGAUGAUAUUCAACAAAAGAGAAGAACUCUGGUUCCUUUCAGAAGACAUACUGAUUGUUCAGCUACGGAUGUUUCAGAUUUGGGAUUGACAGCUGUUUCAAAGCAAAUGUCCUCAAGUGACUCUGACAUUAAUACUACAGUCUUUCCUUCUAAUGCCAAACUUGCUUUCCAACUUGGUGGAACAUCUACAUCAUUACAAGAUAGUGGCAGAGUGAAUAUUCCACAGUUGAAAGUUUCAUUAAUUGAAAAGAAAAUUUCGCCACAACCAAGUCCUCAACAAAGCCCAGGUACUGCCAGAUUCAAAAAAGGAUUUGAAAAACUCUCCAACCUCAUCAAAACUCCAAGAAGAUCUCAAAGUGCUACUACACCUGAAGAUCAACAAACUCCAAGGGAUUCAGAGCCGAGAUCUGGUAGAUUUUUCAGAAGGAGAAGACCAACCAUCAAUGAAAGCAGUGAAGAGGAUCAAGCACAUCAUGAAAAUAGUUCAUUUAUUUUGAAGGAGAGAAGACUAGAUCCAAGACAUUACAGAUAUUCAAUUGAGAAAACUAAUUUAUAUGGAGAGACAGCACUCUAUGUAGCAAUACAAAGAUUGAAAGAUUUACUAAUUGAAGAACAAGAUAUUCGUGAUCCACUACUUCAAAAGAAGAUUUUGGAAGCAAAGAAGAAGAAUCAACAAGAAAUUACAAGAACUUCACAAAAUUUAACAAGAAUUGAUGCUACUGCCAAUAAUCCACUAGCUAUUUCCACAGCAUCUAUUUAUUCUUCUCCUUCUUCAACUGAGAAGAGUACAUCCAAGUUUUUGAGUAUGAGAAGAUUGAGCAGUGUUCAUUACAAUAUGGAAAAAUAUUGGGAAUCAUUUGCUGAGAGACUUUCUUCUAUGGACAGCAUUGUUCAUUUGUUAAUCAUUUCCAAGAGUUCUCUCAAGGCGAAAAGUACGAGAAAUAAGGAUGUUUCAAUCCACCAUCUAGUUCAAAAGGUAAUUGAUGAAUGUGACAAGCUUCCUGAUGAAGGAACAAAACUUUCUUCAAUGCACACCAAUAUUUCCAUCAAAUAUUCUCUUUUUCUGAGUAAAUAA